GGGGGCUGGCGCCUCCCCGCCUCGCCGGGGCUGUCUCGUGCGGGCGGCUGCGGACGCUCGUGGCCCGCGCGCGGCGCACCUGGACCCGAGACGGCGCCCGCCGCGCUCCGGGGCUCCCGCCGCCCUCCCUGCGCCAGCCGCUGCCGGGCCGCGGCGUGGGCCGGCCCGAGGCGGGGUCUCCCCUUCCCCAGCCGCGCGGUUCCCACCGGCAAGAUGGUGCCCAGCUGUCCCCGCGCGCUCCUGCUGCCGCUGCUGCUGCUCCUCGCCUGCCCCGCGUCGCGGGCUUCCCAGAACUGUCUCAACAAACAGCAGCUCCUCACGGCCAUCCGCCAGCUGCAGCAGGUGCUGAAGGGGCAGGAGACCCGCUUCGCCGAGGGCUUCCGCAGCAUGAAGAGCCAGCUGGCGGCGCUGCACCACUCGGUGGCCAGAGCGGGCCCGGACUCCCCCCCAGUGUCCUGCCCUGCUCUGAAUGCCCCCCCAGACGGCAGAAAGUUUGGAAGCAAGUACUUGGUGGAUCACGAAGUCCAUUUUACCUGCAACCCUGGGUUCCGGCUGGUUGGGCCCAGCAGCAUGGUGUGUCUUCCCAACGGCACCUGGAGGGGGGAGCAGCCCCACUGUAGAGACAUCAGCGAAUGCUCCAGCCAGCCUUGUCAGAAUGGGGGGACCUGUGUAGAAGGAGUCAACCAGUACAAAUGCAUGUGUCCUCCAGGGAGGACUGGGAGCCGCUGUCAGCACCUGGCCCAGACAGCCGCCCCCGACGACACCAUAGCCGGCGACUCCGCCUUCAGCCGAGCGCCGCGCUGUGCGCAGGUGGAGCGGACGCAGCACUGCAGCUGCGAGGCCGGGUUCCACCUGAGCGGCGCCGCGGCCGGCGACAGCGUCUGCCAGGAUGUGAAUGAAUGCGAACUCUACAGGCAGGAGGGACGCCCCCGGCUCUGCAUGCACACCUGCGUGAAUACCCCGGGCUCCUACCGCUGUGCCUGCCCCAGCGGGUACCGGACACUGGCUGAUGGGAAGAGCUGUGAGGAUGUCGAUGAGUGUGUGAGCCCGCAGCUCGUGUGUCCCCGGGGGACCAUGUGCAUCAACACCGGUGGAGGCUUCCAGUGCGUCAGCCCGGAGUGCCCCGAAGGCAGUGGCAACGUGAGCUACGUGAAGACCUCUCCGUUCCAGUGUGAGCGAAACCCCUGCCCCAUGGACAGCCGACCCUGCCGCCACUUGCCCAAGACCAUCUCCUUCCAUUACCUCUCUCUGCCCUCCAACCUGAAGACGCCCAUCACGCUCUUCCGCAUGGCCACGGCUUCGGCCCCUGGCCGACCUGGACCCAACAGCCUACGCUUUGGGAUCGUGGGCGGGAACAGCCGGGGCCACUUCGUGAUGCAGCGCUCAGACCGGCAGACAGGGGAGCUGAUCCUGGUCCAAACCCUGGAGGGGCCGCAGACGCUAGAGGUGGAUGUUGACAUGUCGGAAUACCUGGACCGCUCCUUCCAAGCCAACCACGUGUCCAAGGUCACCAUCUUUGUGUCCCCUUAUGACUUCUAAGGCAGUUGGGGCAGGGAAGGGGGGGGGGGUCACUGCAGUGCGGAGACCUGGGCUCCUUUUGCUUCCUCAGAGACCCGGCUGUGGGCCCUGACUGCGACAGCUGUCUCUCCUUGUCCUGCCUUGUCCUCGCCCACCUGCCUCCCUGCCCAUGCCCCCUGGCUUCUCGGGCAGUGCCGCACACUCUUCUGGGGAGCGGCAGAGAAGGGCAGCUACCGGACCCACGCUGCUGCCAUGAUGGUUUUUUGUUUUUUAUUUUUCUGCUUUAAGCUCUUCCCAUAGAUUAUGCACUAACUUUCUCCAGUCUUCACAGAGAAGUGGGCAGUUUUUCAAAAUGCUGGCUGAAUGGCAUUGGAAGUUUGAACCAGUGGGGGAGGGACUAUGUGUUACGGUAUGUGUCUGAGAGGCCUGUCAGUCCUCUGUAUGGUUAGAGUCACGCCAUGUUACGAAGCGGUUCUGGUGUGCUGAGGACCAGUCCUGCCGUGCUCGUGCGGCAUGGGAAGUGGGUCUUCUGCCACAGCCCAGCACAACGUUCUUGUCUGCAUUCCUUCUGCGACACGCCGGCCAGCCUUUUCAUCAGAAAGCCAUGCCAGGGCCUGGAAUGCCCACACUGAUUCUUCUAGACCAAGGAAACAACAUUAAAGCCUAAGUUCUGCUGGAAUGAAUUCCUCUUUGAGAAAUCGUAUCUCAGAAUGUGGCCUGGUCUCGCAACUGAAGAAAUAAAGUCUGUUGCUCCUCCAUGCCCACCUGGCCUGUCCCAGCACAUGAGUUAGCUCAGGACCUUCUAGGAAGGGAUACCUGGCUUUCUUCUGAUCUAGGCAGGACCCACUGAGAUAAAUGCACGAAAAAGAAACCACGGAGGCAACCUUGGGAUUGAGCCAACAAUAGAAACUUGGCUGGGCCAAAUGGGAGAUUGGUAAAGCCACACAUGGCUGUGAUGAGCUUAAGAAAAGGCUGGAAUUUACAUUGAUUCUGGGGCCUCCUACUCCUGAUGUAGGAGCCAAGGGGCAGUGCCUUCCAGCUGACUGAGGAAGGCCAGCACUGGCUGGGACAGGGGGAAGAGACUGUUCACGUAAAAGCUUACGAGGCAGAUAAACUGAGAGGAGAUUUCAGUAUCCAAAUACAUGCUAAUCUAGGUGACGUUUCAUCAGACAUUUUAUUUUAAAAUUCCCUGUAUUUGUCUUGGUAUGAGAUGGAGCCAGAGGAAGUGCAUCACCCGUUUAGUGACCAAGCCAUAUACCAAGACGUUUUCCGGGAAAAACCUAUCCCCUAUCCUUGUCUUAUUUUUUUCAAAGGGUGAGACACAGUCAAGAGCUGCUUUUGACAUGUUUCUUCUCCUGUAGCUCGGCUGCAGUCUCUCCCAACAACAGAAUGAGGGUCUGCAAAUCUGCCUUAAUGGGUUGUUACAAGAUUAUCUUCAAACUAUUAGCCACAGCCUUACAUUUUCAAGCGGUGCUGUGACUCAGGUUAGAAGCCCGCGUGCCAUCCGGUCCCCUGUGCAGAACAUCAGGGAGGGCAGUCCAAGGGCAUGGCUGUGACCCUGAAAGUACAGUAUUACAGUGGUACAUUCUUCCUGCCAGGAGCAGGACUGGUUUCAAAGGGCAAGCCUCUCACCUCCCAGCAGGCAAGGAGUGACUUGGGGAGCUACAGAGCACAUUCCCCGCUUAGACUGGUGUCUGACGAUAACUGGGAUGCCAGACAGGCCCAGCCUAAACCAGUGGUUUACAUCGCCAAGACCUGCCUUCAUCAAAGCUGCUUCCUGUUGAUGAAAUCCGACAUCCAGCCCAGUCCCUGCAGCACCAAAGUAUCAAUGCCUGGUGGUGUGGGACGCCCUCUUGUGGAUGAUGCCUGGGCCCUUCCUCCAUGGGCAGUACCCUGUGUCUGCUCUCUCUCCGCCACUCACUUUCCCCUGGGGAAACCACCUUCUCCCCUGUCCUUUCCUAGCUGUGGUGUGCACUAGGCCAGAGGAGGGAGGAGUUAACAAAGGGUAGCCAGGAGUUGUACCCCUUUCCAGGUAAGAAGAGAGCUUCCUAUCAUUGGCAGGGGGCUUGUAAAACUUGUUAAUCAGGCAUAGUUACAAACGUGUACAGAAGUAGAGGAUAGUAUGGUGACUCCCACGUCCAAACCACCAGCUUCAACAACUAACACACAGCCAACCUUCCCCACCUCUUCUCUCACCCCAGCCCGUGAUGAUUCUGAAGCAGAUCUUGGACAUCAUGUCAUCUCAACACUAGACAUUUCUACGUGUAUCUCUAAACCAAAAGGACUUCUGAAAAAGCUUCACCUCCAUACCAAUCAUGCUUUAAAAAUUAGCAAUGAUUUGGGGCACCUGGGUGGCUCAGUUGGUUGAGCGUCGGCCUUCAGCUCAGGUCAUGAUCCCAGAGUCCUGGGAUCGAGUCCCGUAUCAGGAUCCCAACUCCAUGGGGAAUCUGCUUCUCUCUCUGACCCUCCCCCUUCUCAUGCUCUCUCUCUCAAAUAAAUAAAUAAAAUCUUUUUUUUUAAUUGGCAGUAAUUCCUUAAUACAUCCAACAACUCAGUCAUUGUUCAAAACUUCUGAGUAGCUCAGGAGUUUUUGUCUGAGUUAGGUCCAUGCUCUGUAAUUUGUGGUCAUGCCUCUUGAGUCUCCUUUAAAUGUAGCAUCGGCUCUCACCGGUUAGCACAUACUGGGAUCACCCGGAGGCUUGUUAGAGAUCAGUACUGGAUGGUGUAUCCUGGAGAAUUUCUCAAAGCCUGGGUCUUGCUGGGUGCAUCUCUGCAGUGUCUUUUAACAUGUUCCUCUGUCCCAUUUCUUACACAUCAGUAGUUUAUCGAGAGAUUUAGUCAGAGUCCAGUUGUGUUUAUUUGUACAAAACUACUUUAUUGGAGGUGACAGGUACUUCUGCGGGGAGCCACAUAAUCUCUAGUUGCCUCUCUUUUCUGGUGAUAGCAGCCAUUCGUGAUUAUCAUAGACCCAUAACCUCUUCAGGGGUUGCAAACACUAUUCUAGUGCUGAUGUCUCUUCUUUGUUAGCUGGCAUACUUUAUAAAGAGAAACAAACUUCUAUCAAUUAUUCAUUUGGUCACCCUGAAGUUUGAUUUGUAGAGGAAGGCAGCAAAAAUUCUUGACUUUGUCCCCUUCAUCAGUUUCCAAGAUGGUUUUCUGGCAUCCUUCCAAACUGUCCAGCAAGAGUUGUUUUCUUUUCUUUGAGCAUACCGUACACUCUUGAUUUAAAAAUAUUUCAAGUGUGUUUUAAUCCACUGCAGUUGUUUACUGUUACUCAAAUUAUCGCGUCUUUGGCUCUUGGGAAUUACAUUAAUUGGCUGAUUCCUUUUGACGUGACCCUAGUUGGUCUUUGACAUUUUGUAGUUAUCUUGUAUGACAGGAUGUUUUAAGCUCAUCUUGGGUGUUUUAUGACUCAGUUAUCCAGUGAUUCCCAGGGAUCCCUGGUUCCUCUUAGUGGGGAAAAUCUGGGUGGUAGGAGUGCUCAUUGGUAGUGGUUUGGUCACUGUUUCUUGGUGUUAGUGGACAGAACUAGGAAAUAAUGCACUAUGAGUUUUGUUUGUUUUUUUAACUACAUGAGUUUAUAAAGGUACUUCCAAUUCGACUCAGGACUGCAGGAUUUUUAAUGUAACCUUAUUGAUUUUUACAUCUGCUCUUUUUUCACUCAUUCUAAAAACCUCUUUCUCAACAAUCACCAAAAUAAUUACAUAUUGUUUUAAACCAUCAGAGUAACGAUGCCCAAACUGUCAUAAAAAAUAAUUACUGAGAACAGUUAAAAUUUUCUUUUGCAGUUCUUUUUGUCCUUAGGGUUUUUGCCAUUAGAGAUGUUCAGUCAGAUUACCAUUUUAAAAUAACUUGGAAUAGUGGUUAUGUUCCAAACUUGAAUCGGGGUUAUGGUUAUUCACUUUAUUUUGCUUAAAUUUUUAGACCUUGCUCUUUUCAUUUUAAUUUUUUUAUAAUCAUGUAAACUAUUUACAUGGCUCCAAAGUCAUAUCCACGAAAUGAGCAACAUUCAGAGAAAUCUGUAUUCUGACCCAGUCCCCUCUACCUAUUCUUCCUUCUGCCUUAGAUAAUUUUUCUUCCAUUUCACCCUUCCAUUAAAUAAAAAAAAAGAUACACACACACAUGAUAAAUGAUAGCACACUAUUUCAUACUUUCCUUGGUCUUGCUUUUUUUCCUGUAACAGUAUGUUGAAUAUCAUUCCAUAGAACCAGAUAGAAUGUUCUAUUAAAUGCUCCAUUUUGAAGUCAUACAUACCAUUGUUUAUUCAACCAGUCACCCCUGACUGUCAUUGGGGUUGUUUCCAAUCCUUUGCUAUUAAAAGUAUUGUGGCAAUA